AUGGCAACACAAUCUACAUUGAUGGCUCCAUCGGUGUUCAAUGGAGAACAUUACCACAUCUGGGCAGUAAAGAUGAAAGCCUUCCUUCGUGGACAGGGACUGUGGCAGUAUGUGGAAGAAAACCGACAGCCACCAUCACUUGGACAGAAUCCCACGUUGAACCAGUUGAGGAUGCAUGAGGAAGAAACAGCCAAAGCUCCGAGAGCUCUUUCUCAUAUACAUGCUGCUGUGACUGAUCUUGUUUUUACAAGAAUCAUGGCAUACGAAAACCCCAAAGAAGCAUGGGAUAAAUUGAGAGAAGAGUACAUGGGGAGCACUACAACAAGGAAUAUGCAGAUUCUUAAUCUAAGGAGGGAAUUUGAGAUGCAAAGAAUGCAGGAAACUGAAAAAGUAAAGGAUUAUGUUGAUAGACUAAUGAAUGUUGUCAACAAAAUCAGGCUUAUGGGAGUGGAGUUGGCUGACCGAAGGGUUGCGGAAAAGGUUUUGGUAAGUCUUCCGGAAAGAUUUGAGGCCAAAAUUUCUUCUUUGGAGGACUCUAAGGACAUUACUCAGAUCACAUUGAUUGAGCUUGUUCAUUCUCUCCAAGCGCAAGAACAAAGGAGACUCAUGAGGCAAGAAGACAUUAGUGAGGGUGCAUUGGUUGCAAGCUUCAAAGGCAAACCUGCACAGACACAAACAAGGAAGUAUGCUGGAGAUAGAAAGGGGAAAGAGAAGAGUAGUAAUCAGUGGGAAAGGGCUGGUGGAGUGAAAGAAUUUCCAGCCUGUACUCAUUGUAAAAAGAAAGGGCAUUCGGAGAUAAGAUGCUGGUUCAGGCCUGGUAUACAGUGCAGAAGUUGCAAGCAAUUCGGGCAUAUUGAAAGGGUGUGUAAGAACAAAGGAAACCAGCCAACACAGCAAGCAGCAAUUGGAGAGGAUCAGCAAUAA